GAAGAAGCGGCCGGACCUUCGCAAGGAGUACACCCAGAGAGCUCAGGACGGCUACAAGAAAAACCAGGCAUCAAAAGACGAAUAUCGCCGUGCGAAACGACAAGAGAAACCCGUUUCGCAAUCGAUGGACUUGCCUAUGGUCAGUGAACCGGAGGACUUCGAUGGUCGUGGUACGUUCCGUUGGACAAUGGAGGAAUGCUUGGAACCCGCAGGACACAUUGGGCGAGGCACAUACGGGGAGGUCUUCGCAUGCCAUUUCCAGGACCUCCGCCUGGCGUUGAAGGUCGCCGUUCGUACGCCGGACAAGGACACCGCAGUGGUCGACACACACACGGAUGGCCUGGAGAAGUCUUGGGACUUGACACGGGAGUACACAAUCCUGAGCAAGAUCGGACCACACCCGAACGUUGUGCAGCUCUACGCUUUGCUUCAAUCCUCGACUGGACACACAGGCAUUCUCAUGGAGAAUGCCUCAUUGGACCUUUUGAAAGUUGUUCGGCAGCUGCACGCAGAGGACACUGAGGACUCCGUGCCAUGGACAACACGACGAGCACAUGUCACCACAUAUUUUCGGCAAACACUGGCCGGACUGGGCUAUGUGCACAGCAAGAACAUCGUGCAUUUGGACGUCAAGACGAACAAUUUCCUGGUAUUCUUACCCGCGCACCGUGUUGCAUUGUCGGACUUCGGACAUUGUCGUGCACAACCCGUAGACGGACAAACACGCGUAAGAGCUGACGAGGUUUAUGCAGCGUACUACAGACCCAUCGAGUGCCUCUUUGCUGGUGACAAGAAGGUCGACGUCAGCACCAAGGCGGACAUGUGGGCACUCGGCGUGGUCACGUGGGACUGUUACGCUCGGACUCAUCGAUCAUUGUUCGUUCCGGACCCGAAGCUUCUCGUUCAGAACACGAAGAGCUUGGAGGAAGCGUUGACUCGUUUCCGCCUCCAAUGGACCGGCAGGACAUCGGACAUGCACCUCAAAGAGGACCUCAUCGCCGGAGCCGUUUUCAGUAGGACUUUUCAGCUCGAAAAGGACAGGUGCACCGCGGUGACUUUGUACAGAGACUUGAAGUUGCCAAUUUCCAAGACAAUCGAGACACUCCAGGAACCCGAGGUACCAAGCAGUUAA